AUGAACUCAUUGUUUCCAUCUUCAUCGCAACUUUCUUCGACGUUUGGACUAUUUAAGCAUCAGUUGGAGUUACGCGGUUGUGAGCCACAAGGCGUUUAUGAGUUUUGGGAUUCCACUAACAGAAAUAUUUGUCGAAGCCGUGGGUAUCAAAAACCCAAGCAUCUGUGGAUGGCUAAGGACCAGUCAAUGAAUUUAGCAAAUUCAACCGCUGAAGUAAAUAGUGAAGACCCCAAUGUAUGUUCGGGGCCUCCCAGCAACCAGAAUUUUGUAUUGCUAUCUGAAAAUCGCUUUAAUUCCCAGCAGAUUGCAGGAUUAACCCCCCUGCGCACUAGCUGUCAUGGAAUAUCUCCUUCUAAUUCUAGUAGUGCCCCAGGAACCGUUGCUAUGCCCUCCUCUUUGACAAACACAAGCAGUAGUCCAAGCAACCACCCCUCGCCCCAGAACCGACUCGCAACCAACGCUGUCGGUGCUUUGAAUUGUGAUAGCCCGGUUGUUACGCACCAGUCCCGUGAUGCGGGUCAUGCUCGAAGCUAUGCAGGUACGCCUGACUUAAAGCAUAGACGAAAACGCGGUCGCCCUCCAAAAGCAAGAUCUGGGGACACAAUCGCGUUAACACCAUCGAGUCGGCGAAAGCGACAGCCGAAGUCCGUUGUCCCCCCGAAUGCGUCAAUGCAUGGCAACUGUCCUGACCCUCAGCCAAAUAGCAAUACGACAUUCGUACCCGGAGGCCUUAAAAUUCGUCUUCGUCGAGAUGUUUCUAUGGACGAACCUCUAUGUGGUAAGAAGUUCCGCUCUCGGAAAUCAAGCCAGAAAUCCGUUGGGAUUUUUCGGAUUGUUGAGUCCUGGUGUGAUGCCGAUGCGCCUGGUGGACUAGCUGCAAAGUCCAGCGCUAUCUCUCCUACAUCAUCCAUCCAAACAUCCGGCAGUUUUCGAGUUGGCGAUGUUGUUUGGGCUAAACUGGCUGGUUAUCCGUAUUGGCCCUCAAGGAUUAGUGCUUUGUACGCUCGGACGCCCCACCAGCUGACCCAAGUAAGCCCAGAAAAUGCGAAUGGGGAUUCGCUUGCGGUGUCUGCGACUCCUGCUGAUCCCUCUUUGGCGCCUGGUUUCACGGCCAAAGUGGAGUGGUUUGCAUGGCAUCAGUUUUCAUAUCUAAGCUGCGCUAAACUUUUUCCUUUCUUGGAGUAUUUUGAUAAACUCUACAGCCCCAGAACACGUGUAAAAAAUUAUGCGGAAGCUGUCACAAUGGCGAAAAAAGUCAUUACAGGCGGAAAUAGCGCUCCACCACAGCCUGCAGUAUUAGAAGGUGAAAUCCAAACGAACUUCCCCUCAACAUCUUUAACUCUGCCUAGUGAUAAUGAAAUCAAGCAGCCUGACUCAUCAUGCCCUCUCGAUUUUCAUCUUACUCUUGCCGAUUCCAAUGAACAGAAGCCGACCGAUGCUUCGUGUCCCUUAGAUCUCCGUCUUGCUUUCCCUCCUCCAAGUCUUCACUUUCCCGUUAGCAGCGAUCCUGUUUGCCCAGAAAGUGGUCAGUUCUCCUUGUUGAAUCUCAAUACAAGUGCAGGAGACUUUUAUCAACUUCCUGAUCAACGCUGGGCCCCUCUUCCACAGUUGGAUGUAAGUGGCCUAAACGACAUCAAUUCCAGUGUGCCGACUUUUUCGGAAGAUGAAGAUGAGCCAAACGAGUCCUUUGCCAAACGACUGAAGUCGCAACUUGGUUCGAUCGAGAUAUGA